UUUUUUUUACUCCAGAUAGUCUAUAAAGAUGCCUGUAGUAUAACAUUCCGAGAAGAAAUUAAACAAAUAGCUGGUAAUUUGGAGAGUGUCCGAACAUCAAGCACCUGGUAAUUCAUAUCAGGUAACAGACAGGAGAAAUUUACAGGGAAAGUGAAAGCACAUUAAAAUGUCUGUGGAGGGUCGAAGGGAUAGACGGGUGGGGACCCGAGAAGAUGUAGCAAUGGAGGAGAGGAGGAAUGAUUUGAUCAGGGAAAUGGAAGAUAGAUUCCGCCCCAUGUUUGAGAAGCAUGGCAGACAGGGCGUACCUUUACGUGAUUUACGAGAGGAGCUGGAAGAGGAGGGACUGACGGAAAGUAUCGCUCCUGAGCGAUUGGACGAACUCCUCCGACGAGCCGACAAGGAUGGAGACAAAAGAAUCCGACUGGGCGAGUUUGUCAGAAUGAUGACUGGGGACGAAAUAAAGGAUCAUGAAAGGAAGAAGUUAGGAGGCCUGCUAGGGGCAGCCAUUGCUAACAUUGUCCCUCAGAGCAUGCGAGAGGACUUCAUAGCUAACUACAACUGUAAACCUCCUCCCAUCUUCAUGAUCUUCAUCAGCAUUGUAGAGAUAAUAAUUUUUGCUGUGUACGCUGAGGAGCAGAAAUCUCGGGGUAUAGCCACCACCUCAGUCGCGGGAGUCCCCCUGUACAGCCCUCUGUUGUAUAAACCAACCAGGCGCUACGAAGCGUGGAGAUUUGUCACCUAUAUGUUUCUACACCAAGGGUACAUCCACCUGAUUUCUAAUCUGAUCUUCCAGUUACUGCUGGGUCUGCCUUUAGAGUUAGUUCAUAAAUUUUGGAGAGUUUUUCUCAUUUAUGUCUUGGGAGUUAUUGCAGGUUCCCUUGCCCAUUCUGUGACAGAUCAUGCGGUGUCUCUGUGUGGUGCCAGUGGGGGUUGCUAUGCCCUGAUUGGUGCCCAUAUUGCAGCAGUCAUUACUAACUGGAAGGAAAUGAAUUACAAGUGCUGUGAUGGGUCCAUAAUGCGAUUUCUUCUCAGUGCACCUGUUAGAUUAACAGUAUUUCUUGUCUUAGCUGUUGGUGACACCAGUGUAGCUGUUUAUAGGAGGUUCUUUGAAGAAGGUGCUACAAAAAUUGGUAUUUCUGCUCACAUUGGGGGCAUGAUGGCAGGCUUGCUUAUUGGGGUUCCGCUGCUUAAGAACGUGAAUGUGUUACCCUGGGAGAGGAAGCUGGGCUGGGUCUCCCUGAUUAUCUACCUCACCUUUGUUGCGUUCGCUAUGUUUUUUAACGGACUUUAUGAUGGCUACCCAGAAACAGACUGGACGUCUUGCUGUCCUGCCUGAGAAGUGGGGCAUCUAAUAGUUAUUCCAAUUUUACAUGUAACGUUUACCUCAAUAGGUUAUUUUAUCAUUGAUACUGACAAUGCAUCACAUAAUGUAUUACAUUGAUUACAAUUGUUUACACUCCUUUAUCUUCCUGUAUAAUAUGUAUUACAUAAAUGCAUAGGCAGUGUAGUGAAAUGAGUAUUAAAAAAGAUCAUAAUUUUUAUUCGACAAUUUCAAUUGUUUUCAUUUCACUGCUUGUUGAUUAUUUUAUGAAUCUUAAAUAAACAAAGUUUUGUAGUAAAUAAUAGUUUAAUUUUAACAUACAGAACUGGUCAUUUCCAAUUUAUUAUUUAAUAUGCAAUACAUAUAGGCAUUGCCAUUUACAUAUGUAAUUGACCCUUUUCUUUGUUUUUUCUUGAUUUUAAAAAUAUGCUUUUCUGCUGCUGCAUAAUCUAUAUAAUGAUACAUGUAUGUCUUUUAAUAUUUUCAUAUUUAUAUUUUUUUUUUACAUUUUUUUUAAGAGGAAUCUAAUUAUUGGAUCUUUAAAUUGAUGCCAUAUAUUUUACAAUCUAUUCAUAUCAGUUCAUAAUUUGAUUAGUGAUUUGUGUAGUUCACCAUGACAUUGAAAUAUUUAUUUUUGUUAAUGUUUUUAGCAAACACAGUAUUUGUCAUGUGUUUGUUAUUCACCAGUACAUGUAAUAAUAUAUUUUUAUGGAAAAUGUAUAUACAUGUAAAUUCACACAUAAUUUGCCAUGUAUUUGAUUUUUGUU